AUGGCUUCUAUAUACUCUAAUGGUAUGAUGUGUGUGAUUUUUCUCUCAUUGUUGUCAUGCCAAAUCUUAGCUUCCCAGAGCAUCUCUAAUGGCUUGUCAUUAGAGCUGAUCCACCCAUAUACUCUAAUUAAAUCACCUCCAUCAUCAAUUCAUAAUCUUUCCAACGGUUCAGAUGCAUUGCAGCCAGACGCAAUCACUCCACCCAUUGAACCAUUGAAAAACAAUGCAGCCAUGCUUGUGAAGGUUGGUAUUGGCACCUUCCCAGGGAAUCCCUCCUACAUAUCGUACUUGUUACUGUUGGAUACUGGUUCUUCCCUCACAUGGGUUCAAUGUGAGGGUUGUGCUGAUAAACAUGAAAGAGGUAGGCAUUGCUAUCCUCAGAAGGAUAAAUUAUUUUCAAAUUCCACGUCUGAAUCUUACAGCGAUCUCCUUGACGACAAGGAUAGGAAGCAGAUACCCUAUAAAAUAACGUACGCUGAUCUUGACAGUUCUGAAGGCGUUCUUGGGAGUGAGACUUUAACUUUCCCAUCUGGUUCUGCUUCUGGUUCAUCAUCUCGUGUUAUGUCCGUUAAGGGCGUAACUUUCGGGUGUGGUCUUAACAAUCGGGACUCGCAUUCGCGUUCUGAUGAAUAUGUUGUGGCAGGGGUAUUUGGCUUCGGAAUCUAUGAUGAUUAUGGAGAAUAUUCUAUUUUGAAGAAACUAGAGCCUAUAAGUGGUGGAAGAUUCUCAUACUGUUUCGUAGGUUACGUGGAGAAACCCCUACCUAUGUAUCUCAGGUUUGGCUCAGAGAUAAAGCCACCGGCAAAUUUGAGAACCACGAAAUUCUUGAAAAGCAAUGAUUAUGGUUACCGUGUGGCUUUGGAAGGUCUUGGCUUUGAAGGGAAGCGACUGGAUAUUGAUCCAAAGGUGUUUGCUCCCGCUCCCAGUGAUAAAAAGCCGGGUGGCUGUUUAAUAGACUCAGGUAGAAGUAUGUCAGCGAUAAUCAAGGAUGCAUAUGAAAAACUUGAAGAGAAAGUGAAGUCACACUUUUCAAGUCUUAAAGAAUUCAAACCUUCUGUUGGUAAAAAAGGUCGUUUGUGUUAUACAAGGUAUCAUGUAAAAGGCUACACCAAAGAUUUACCCACUGUCACUUUCUAUUUUAAAGGUGCUCAGCUGGAUGUACUUCCUGAAGGCGUUUUCCAUAGGGUAGUAGAUUACAAAAAGAAACCACCCGAAGAAACCUUCUGUCUCAUGAUUCGAUCACAUGACAGAUGUACCGCUUUAGGUAAAUUUCAGCAGGUAAAUGUCAAGUUCAUUUUUGAUACCAAAAAUCAGGAGCUGCAGUUCGGGCCUGAAGAUUGUGCCCGAAACGGUUGA